AUGGCGGACACUUCUCUCGAGCCAAAGGAGCUCGGCACCUUGAUCGUGGUUGUUGGUAAAGCGAGAAACUUACCUAACAAGAGCAGGUUCGGGAAGCAAGAUCCGUUCUGUACUGUCAUGGUCAACGACGAGAAGCAAAAGACAAAACCUAUCAAGCGCGGAGGUCAACACCCAGAAUGGGACGAGGAACUUCGAUUCACCAUCUUGGAAGAUAUCGAAGAUAUCAUCUCCCGGUCCGAAUCUACAGAUUUAUCUGCUUCCCUAUCCUCAUCCACCUCUCAAUCUUUAUCAGCACCGGGAGUGACCACCCCCGCUCAAUUGGCGGAGAGAAGUCGAAAGGGACCCAUCAAGAAGAAGGGUGGGAAAAGUAUGAGGGUGAAUUGUUAUGCCGAUGACGCUAGGGAGCCGGAACUGAUAGGGGAGGUGGUGGUGAGUAUUGAAGAGGUGUUGAAGAAAGGAGAAGUGGAUGAAUGGUAUGAAUUUACACAUAAAGAAAAAUAUGCUGGAGAGGUGUAUCUCGAACUCACUUUCUACUCCAAUGACGCACCCCCAGUCAAACGCAACGUCCCUCGACCUUCUGUUCAUCCUCAUCCCAUGCCAGGCGGUUUUCCUUCCUCUUCAUCCUCCGCUAGCUCGUUGAAUGGUCGGCAUGGAGGGAUCGCCACAUCUGGGAGUGUGUCAGGGAUGAGUCUCUAUAUCCCUCCAUACGUCCAACCCUCUAGAGCGGCUUCGCCCACACCAACUCAAUUAUCGACCACGCCGAGCUUACGUACGGCAACUAGCUUUGCUAAUCUCGGUUUACCACCAGGACAAUCCCGUCACAGCCUUACACCCACAUUACCUGCCCAACCUUCUUACCCUCCUAGACAUGCCAACAGCCUUUCUCCGAUAGACUCUCUCGCAAACCAAACCUCCAGAUUAUCUCUCAGUACCACUUACAACGAUCUUCGUCCUACUUCUGCUAUGGGCCAAUCUGCCAGUUUAGGACCUCAUUAUGCCGGACAUCGACAUUCACUUGGAGGUUCUGAUGUUCCGUGGGGUGGAUUAUUACCACAGAGCCAACCACCACAACCCGCGCCUCAUCACCGACCUCAAUCUACAAGUAGCGUCCCGUUUCAUCACGAGGAAGACAGAAACCAAGCUGCUACCCCCGUUCCACGACCUGUAUCAGGUAUGGCUUAUCCUGGACCUGGACAAUAUUUAGGGGAACCUGCACCGAUACCAGAUGGGUUGAGACCUGGUGAACCGAGGAUUCAUGCGAAUAGCUUUUCUCAAGCUGCAUCAACGUCAUAUAAUCCUAUACCUCCUAUUCUUCCACAUUCAAACUCUGCACCUCCAGGAGCUCAUUACCAAGUCCCUACCUCUUCUUAUGGUACUCUACCACCUCCUAUAGCUCCACCUCCAAGAGCUCCAAGUCCGAAUCCAAGACCCUUGUCUUAUUAUCCUCCUGAACAACCCAUGCAGAAUAUACCACAAUCCAACCAUUGGCCAGGAGAGAUAUAUAAACAAAAUGAUAUCGGUCGAAGUAAUUCAUAUUCUUCUCAACAUUCAUCUAAUCGACCUUUAUCUCAAGUUCCGGAAAACUACUACACUCCUCCUAAAACUUCAAGACAAAGUUAUUCUUCUCCUUCCUCAACUUCGUAUCCUCAUCAAUCCCCUCCUAUUCAAUCCACACAGAAUGGUUAUGUACCAUGGUAUCAACAAACUCAACCUACUCCUACUCCACCAAAACAACAAACCUCACAUCAAUCAACUUAUGAUCCUUAUAUUCAAGAACAACGUUAUGCAAAUACACCAGCACCUGCACCACCUUUACCCAACCGUAGACCUAUACCACAUCCUCCUCCACCUAAACCACAAGGAGUAGGAUAUUAUCCUUCUGAUGAAUUGUAUCUAAUGAGACAAGAUGCCACUACACCAGUACCAUCUUGGCAACCUCAAACAAGUACCAGUCCUAAUCCUCAUUUUCCCAACCAGACGAAUCAUAUCAAUCCUAUGCCACAUUUGGUAAAUCCGAUCAUUCCACAUCCUGAUUCAGGCUCUGGACCUGGUCAAUGGUCUCAUCAAACAGGAUAUACGUCAACGAAUGGGUACGAAAAUCAAUACAACUCUACUUAUCCUACAAACACACCUCAUGGUGCUCCAGCAGGUUGGCACUCUACUUUACCUCAACCAAAUCUUGAUCAUACUUCAAAUACCUCUUCAUAUCCAGCUCGUCAACCUUCUCCUUCACCAUUAUAUCCAGCCAAUUCUCAUUAUCCGACAAGACAACCUUCUCCAGCUCCAUAUCCACCAAGACAACCCUCUCCUUCUCCAUAUCCACCAAGACAACCAUCACCCUCUCCAUACCCACCUCAAAACAACUCAUACCCUUUGUCACCUAAUCAAUACACAAGACCAACUUCACCUCUCCCACCUAAUCAACCAUUACCUAGUACGAACCAAGGUUGGAGACAAUAUAUGCAAUCUUUAGGAACGGGUAAAGAUGGUCCUACUAGAUCGAUGAGUCCACAACCGCCACCUAAAGAUCUUAAUCAUCCUAAUCAUACGCAAUACCAAGUCGGUGGAAGCACUCCAGGUGGUGGUGGUGGUGGUGGUGGUGGAGGAGGAGGAGGAGGAGGAGGAGGACAAUGGUAUAAACCUCCACCGAGUUUACCAAGUUCUAUCAAACCUCCCGAAGGAUGGAAAACGACUUUACACAAUGAUCAAUACCGAACUUGA